UCACGUGAUUAACCCGGAAGUUAAAUCAAGGGGAGGAGGAAGUGCACGGAGAGGGUUAACGCAUUGCCUUAUCGAUCAUGUGGAAGGCUUCAGCUGGGAAAAAUGUGCAAGCCCCAGUGGCAGACGAUGAUGACUGGGAGACUGACCCCGACUUUGUGAAUGAUGUGAGUGAGCAGGAGCAGCGAUGGGGGGCCAAGACGGUGGAGGGGUCGGGGCACCAGGAGUCCCUGGACUUGAAGAAACUGCGACAGGAGGUACAGAAUGAUGACAAGACUACAAAGAAGGCGGAGUUCGAGAAGGGGCCGAAGGCGUCAUAUGGUUAUGGUGGGACAUUUGGAGUCCAGGAAGACAGGAUGGACAAGUCUGCUGUCGGCCAUGACUACCAGGAGAAGCUGUCCAAGCAUGCCAGCCAGACCGACGCUGCCAAGGGCUUCGGCGGCAAGUACGGUGUCCAGACAGACAGGAAGGACCAGUCGGCAAUGGGAUAUGACUAUGAGGGUAAAACAGAGAAACACGCUUCAGCAAAAGAUCACUCUAAAGGGUUCGGAGGGAAGUUUGGUGUGCAGAAGGAGAACAUGGACAAGUCAGCUGUGGGCUGGGACCACAAGGAGAAGCUGGGGAAACACGAGUCACAGACAGAUUACUCCCAGGGUUUUGGGGGCAAGUUUGGAAUCCAGAAGGAUCGGCAGGACAAGUCGGCCGUGGGAUAUGAACACAGAGAGAAGGUGGAGAAACAUGCCUCACAGACAGAUCACUCUAAAGGGUUCGGAGGGAAGUUUGGUGUGCAGAAGGAGAACAUGGACAAGUCGGCCGUGGGCUGGGACCACAAGGAGAAGCUAGGAAAACACGAGUCACAGACAGAUCACUCUAAAGGGUUCGGAGGGAAGUUUGGUGUGCAGAAGGAGAACAUGGACAAGUCGGCCGUGGGCUGGGACCACAAGGAAAAAGUGGAAAAACAUGAGUCACAGACAGAUUAUUCCAAAGGAUUUGGUGGGAAGUUUGGGGUACAGAAAGACAGACAAGAUAAGAACGCCGCCGGUUAUGACAGCAUCACAAAGCCAGAACUUCACUCUUCUCAGACAGACAUGAAGAAAGGUUUCGGAGGCAAAUUUGGUGUGGAAAAAGACAAGAUGGACAAGAAUGCGGGUACUUUUGAAGAUAUGCAAGGUGUUUCUUCCAGUUACACAAAAACAAGAGCUGAUUCAAGUUCUGAGGGUGCUAAGAAUCUGAAGGCUCGGUUUGAGAACAUGGCCAAGUCAGGGGAAGAGGAAGGCAAGAAGAGGGCGGAGGAGGAGAGGGCGAGGAGAGAGGCACGGGAAAAACGAGAACAGGAGGAACAGAAGAAACAGGUGGAGGCUCGUCUGGAGAAGGAGAGGUGGCAGGAGGAAGAGAGGCCAUCCACAGAACCUGAACCAGAGCCAGAGCCAGAACCUGCUGUACAGGAGCCGGAACCAGAACCGGAACCGGAGCAGGAACCGGAACAAGAAGAUGUAUACAGUAAUACUGCUGACGACUUUGAGCCAGAAGAUACGUACAACACGCCGGAUGAUGUUGCGCCGGCGGUGCAAGAGGAAGAGGAGAGUGUGUACAACGACACCGACACGGCCGGUGGAGACACAGGCAUUACAGCUGUAGCUUUGUAUGACUACCAGGCCGCUGAUGAAGAUGAACUGUCCUUUGAUCCAGAUGAUAUCAUCACUAAUAUUGAAAAGAUUGACGAUGGAUGGUGGCGAGGUGAAUGCCAUGGAAAGGCUGGCUUGUUUCCUGCCAACUAUGUUGAAGAAAGGAAGUGAUCUCCCUUUGUAUAAUGCUGAAAUACUGAAAAUGUUCUAAUUCCUUGUUAUGGUAGAUAACGAAGGCGCUGCCCAACUCGAGCCGCAAUUGCAAUGAAAAGUAUGAUCAAGUAUAUGACAGUGUUAUUAUUUCAAAUAAUCAACAGUUAUUUUCAUAUGCUUUUUACACAGUUUGAUAUCAUGUUUAUACACCAUGGGGGGACUAGUGGUCUGGGGCAUCAUGAUUCAAUGGGCAGAGUUGCAUCCCUUUGCCUUGCCAGGAUGCAAUGGUUUGUAACUGAAAUAGUUCAAAGUGGUACUAAGCCUAACUCACUCACUUACUGUUUCACCAUGACAACAAAAUAAAACCAUGAAUGUGAACCCUAGGAAACAGUGGAUGAUUUGGCAUCUCGUGAUAUUUUGACCUCAUUAGCACCGCUUCAUGACGUCAAAACAUCAAGAAUUUCAUCAUGACUUCUUGUUCUUGUGGAACAUGUUGUCCAUUCAUUCAUCAUGUUACCUUUGACCACUGAAAAACAUGAUCUAAGCUUAACUUCCCUUCAUGAACAAACAGAUGUCAUGAUGGAAAUUGUAUUACACUUCUUCUGGUCAGAUAAUGAAGUCACGUCAUACAGGAUAUUUAAAUAUCUCCCUUGCAUUCUCAUACAUCAUGAAUUGUUACAAACUGCAUGUUGAGUGGGUUGGUCAGGCUCGCUGACUUGGUUGAUGCAUGUCAUCGAUCCCAAUUGCGUGGAUCGAUGCUCAUGAUAUCAAUCACUGGAUUGUCUGGUCCAGACUCGAUUAUUAACAGACCGCCGUCAUAUAGCUGGAAUAUUGCUGAGUGCGGCGUUAAACAACAAACAAACAAAAAAAAGCAUGUUGAGUGAGCUUGUGAAUAAGAAACAUCUACCUAUGGAGCUGUUUAAAUUCAAGUGUAAACUCAACUUUGAUACUGUAUAUUUUGGUGGCUUUGUAACAACGAUGGUCCAUGAUAUCUGAUGAAAGAUCAGUCUCAUCAGCUCUACAUUUCUUGGUGUCGGUGACAAGGCUUUGAUAAGAGUUCAUAAGUCCUGUUCUGAGUCGAAAGUGUGAUUGUUGAAAUUAAUGCAUUUUCAGUAUUAGUGUGAGUGCAUGUUACCAUGGUUACAGGGCUGUAACAAUUCACCAAGUGAUCUAUGAAUCGUAUGAUGCCACCAUCAUGUAUCAUCGUCUCCCAAGGUCUUGUUACGAACAUAGCAGCAGAAAAUACCAUGUUGUGAUGAUCAGUCUCAUUACAAUCACAUCUUUUGUUCCGAUUUGAUAAUUCUCUGCAUGAAGAUCACACUUCUAAAUUCUCGUUAUUUGAUUUCUGAAUCUUGAAAAUGAAGUUAAACGGCCACUUCUGAAUGGAAAUAAUAAAAAUGUCAUUUUGUUGUUGCGGAUGUUUUAUAAAUCCUGUCGUUUUUUUAGCACAAUGGUAUCUUCACCCAAAAGGGAGUCCCCUUGAAGAAUUAUUUGUGUUCUGUGUAGGUUUUCUUCUGUUAAUGUCGACAUUUGUGAAUCAAGGUGGUAAUGAAAUGAAGCCAUAUUGUUUUUGAAAGCUGAAUGCAGGCAUAUUUCAUUUGGAUAGGGCCGUCAAAGGAAUUUCUGCGAAUUUUAGUGAAGACAAAUUUUUUUAAAUCUGAUGGCUUCCCCCAUAAACACCCCAAUUUAUGGACCACGCUCUAUUGAAAAUAAGUUACAAGGAAAAGGAAAAUAUCCAUUCUCCUCCCUGGGUAAUGUACUGGAGCAAAAGAUAUCAUCUUAAUGAAGAUCAAUAAAGGAUGCAAUUUAAGCGGAGUAUAACACCAGUGAAUCUUAUGUGUACCACUUGUGCAUUAUUUCACAAUCAUAGACCCGGAUAUAAAUAAUAUUGUCCGGUUGUAUUUUACAGCCCUGUUAACGUACUUAAGCAGUAGAUGUUGUACCUGCUUUUUCCAGAUAAGCAUUCAGACGUGAAGCAAGGCACCGAUAUUCUGCUUCGUGCAGCCUGGUCAUGUGACAUGGUGCUAAUGUCGGGGACACUGUUGCUUGUCAUUAUGCUGGUAUCAUUUCACUGGUAUCAUUUCACUGGUAUCAUUUCACUGAUGAUUGAGAGAACUGCAGUCUGGUCUGGUCUGGUGCUAAUUUUCAGUCUACACAUGGUUAAUUGUCCUGUGUGGAACAGAGAUGUUGUCUCCGUGUUAUUGGUGAAGUGAGGUGAAAUGGGGUUUAACGUUGCGUUCAAGAUUAUUGCACUUAAAUAGCGAUGUGCAUGGGAAUGCGUGUAGGUGUGUGUGUGUGUGUGUGUGUGUGUGUGUGUGUGUGUGUGUGUGUGUGUGUGUGUGUGUAGGUGUGUGUGUGUGUGGCUCCUUGUACUAGCCCUGACAAAUGCUGGCUUCAUAGUACUAGCCCCCUGAGAUACCAUGCUGCAGUUUUAACAUGAAUACCAAACUCAGACACAGUAUACUGACUCCGAGCCAACCUGUCCUGAUUUUAUUCCCUUAAUGCUGAGAGCCAGUGACGGUAAUAACAAUUACCAUCUUUUAACAUGUUUUGGUAUGACAUGGCCGGGGAUCACACUUUCGUUUGGACUCACUAUUCGCUAGACCAUUCCAUAUAUACAGGAGUCAAUAACAGUUAAUUAAAAACAGUGUGCUUUAUAAAUCUGAGUUUGCACACAUGGCAGAGAGAUAUUUGUUAUUUUGAAUGACUUGAUCAGUUUUGUUGGGGCAGCCAGCCCUCUUAAGACGAAUUCGUUCCUGUUAUGGCUAUCUGUCUGCAUUGUGGGACUUGAGACUCCGUUCAGAUAAAUCAAUUAUGAUCCAAAAGAUGUACAAUUCGUGACAACUUUUAUAAAGGUCACAGCAGUGAUAAUGAAAUUGGGUCUUGAAUCAACGUUGCUGGGACUGCCUGUUGACCAGAGUGUAGUUCCUCUUUAACUGUCAUGUCAUGCCAUUCAACUGCAGUAGUUAGCAGUGCAGUUUAGGUUUUAAAUUUUCAUUUGGUGUAUGACUGUAUGAUUAUGGAAUUUGAAUGUAUUGGGCAUUAUCCAUACAUUGUAAGGGUAGGUUUGGGUGCAGAGGCAGGUCCAGGAUAGUUUAAAGGGUUACACAUUGCCAAAGUCAUGAAGAGAAGAAAGUGAGUCUGCUACUCCCAAUAAGUUUUCAGUAGAUUGUAACUUGUUAAGGCUAAAAAAAUUUAGCUUUGGUUACAUACUAGUUCGAACAAGCAAAAAAAAGAAAACACCACCCGCCCACACUAUAUUUUCAAAAGUCAUUGCCUGAGAACCAGUUCUUUUAUUUUCUUAAGCCUAAUAUAUGGACCUUAUAUUAUUAUCAGCUGAGUGUAUGUAUAGGGGAAUGUCCGAGUAACUCAUCAUUCAUUUACAAUAAUGGAGCGGUGGCCCCACAGGGGCAGAGGCCCAUUAAUUUAAAGAAAUGGAGAGUUACGAGGAUAUUCCCCUACUUAAAACACAUCUCUGUUCUCACACUUUGACAAAACAUUCUAAAGAGCUGUGUAGCAUGCAUUGUAGAGAUCAGCUCGAGAUGGACACAAUCAACUGUCCAUUCCUGAAAAAUAAUGCAGCGCUGAAACAAUAGAAUGACGUCACAGAUGUGUUUUAAUAUUUGAAGUCAGCAUUAAGUCAAACAAUUGUAAAAGGGAGAAUGUCUAGGUGUGGUCACACAUUGCUGUAGUGUUGGAUUCAAAGAAGACAUCUGUUAUUAUCGUAUCUGUAUGACAGCACUGCAAAAAAAAUAGAGUAACCAUGAAAACAUCUUGCGGAGAAAUAGGUCUUUCAUGUGUUCACUAGACACCUCUCACUGUGCGAUAGCACUAAAACAGUAAGGUGUAGCUAUGACUUCAAUGCUUUCAUAAUGAAACCUUUUGAAAUUUAAAGAUACCGGUAGUCCUAAUUGCAUGAUAAAGCAAAGUUUUCUUCAUCAUGUACCAGUGCACUUAAUUUUAAUGUGGAUAUUCAGAGUGUUCAAGUGAGGUUGACAUGGAGAUGUAGUUUAAUCCUGUGUGAUACUAUUUGACCGAUUUCCGAAAGAUAAUUCUUCAAUGGCACCAGUUUUAGCCCCAUAUUCCCUGUCAGAUUCAGAAAGAGAAAAUAUUUGUUCAUUGAACUGAUGCCUCUUACGAUGCAUAUGUUUUGAAUAAAUGUUUAAAAUGCUGUAUUGUAGAUUUACUUAAGUAUUAAUGUAAUGUGUGACCGACAUCAAUAUGAGCCGAUCUUGCUGCCUGAUAUUUUGGUUAUGAAAGCAACAUGAACCAGCAUACCAAAUACGGUUUAUUUUGUACUUCCAUAUAUUUUCAUUUACAUGUAUCCUAAAUGUGAAAGCCUUUAAUAAACACUCCACUUAGCAUUGCUGUAAUGUAUUUAUGUAUAUAUACUGUCUCUUGAUGUAUUUACAUGUACAUGUAUAUGUAUCAAAAUGUUUAUAUGACGAUUUUUAUAUUAAUACAGUGAAUGAAAUGUAUUCCAAUCUCGUCAUGUCCUUCGUAGGUUUUAUAUACAACUGUACAAUGUAGAUAUUACGACCUGUAUAACACUAUCCAGGUAAUAAUUAUGGAGUAUUUCAUUGAAAGUUGUCUGGGCCACAAGUCAGAACAUCUCUGAUUAUGCAAACUACAAAAUUUUGAAAUUCUUUAUUCAUAUAUGUUUUGGCAGGUCCAAUGUUUUAAAUGUUAUAUCACACUUGUCAGAAAUAUUUUGUCAAAAUUGUAGCUAAACUGUUGUCAACUUUUUAGAUGAUGUUUUUGUUUCUACUUAUGGUUACUCAUGGUUACAUCUGUGAUGAUUGCUCUGAUGAUCAUGGUCUAUUUACUACUUUUAACAUUUUGUUUCAUUCUAGUAUUUAUCUGUUUGUUGUAUCAUUUCCCUAUCAAAAUAGUAUAACUUUGUUCCCUGCGUAUUAGCAUUUUUGAUUUCAGCAUUUAUCAGAAUUAUUAAUCACCAUAAGGGGUUGACCAUUUGAUAUUCUGAGGUUGCCUGGAAUUUAAAAAAAUGAUUAUGAAAUUUGUCCAGGUUUUACCCCCAAAACAUUAUUCACAGGAUAUUCUGAAUGUUCUAAUAAAAUCUGUUGUGAGUCAAGACAAUACUGUUUGGCUUCUCAUUUCAGAGAAUAAAUCCAAGUUUUGACGUCAGGACUGAUUAGGCCAGGCAUAUUUUUAGGAUUAUGGAUUUUUCAGCCCGAAGUCCAGGGUUGCAGGAGGAAAAAAACAAGAAAAAGCCAGAUGCAUUUUUUUUUAAUGCAGAAUGCCUCUGGCAUACUUUAUGAACAUAUUCUGUGCUCAAAAGACCACCAUUUGUGACGAUAAAGCCCCUUGUAACAUUAAAAAUUCUACCACUUACAACACGGACAAUUGUCAAGGGAGGCUAUUCAUGUUCGGCUUUGAGAUCAACAAAAAUUGAUUAUGUAUCUCUUUACUAGUUUACAAGGGUAAAUUCAUGUUUCUUUUUUAAAAGGUGAUGAUAACAAUUAAAAUAACUGACUAUGCGUCUAUCGGCAGGGAAAACAAUGGAAAAUCUGAUUUGAUUUGAUUUUUACAUUAGAGUCUGCGGGUCCGUAAUCCGAAAAAUAUAAAAUGCCUGGCCUUAGAUAUAUCCCAAACAAUAGAAGACCCUUCUCAGAAUACUAAAUGGCCCGUACCUAAUGGCCUUGAGCCCAGUUUUUGCUGUUGCUUCUCUAUACAGGACAGAUAUUUGAACUGGAUUGAAAAGCAUUUGGUCAUGCUCAGCUUCUGAAUGUUUCAGCUGGUUUUGUAAAUUAGUAUGACAAUGGAUCUCUUGUAUCAAGGCCACACAUAUUAAAGGCACAAUCUUAAUGAGACAAUAAGAAGUAUUGUACGUUUUCAGGCGCAUAUCACCAAAUCAAGGUUAUAGAGGGAGAUAACUGCUACAGGAAGUCUUCUUUGUUUAUAAAAAGUAUGGGCUGGAUUUAUUCUGCGCUUUUGAGCCCCCAAGCUUCUUUCACUAUGCAAUUGCUGUGGCAGUUCACUUUCCAAGUUGAUGAAGUUGUUUGUCUUAAAGAGUUGUCUCCCCUUUUUGCACUUCCUCAUCAAUCAAGGUAUAUUGGAACUGUAAGAUUCUGGAGGGGAGUGAAAGCUUUAUGGUUGAUUGGGCACAUUGAACAAAUUAUAUGAUAAAAUAAAAAAUAUUUUGUCUUU